UAGAAGGCAUAGAAUGAAAGUUGCGCGCUUGGGGAAACCGUUCGCCCCCUUCGCAGUUCUCGUUCGUUCGUUGACAUGUCAAACAUUUUAGUUCGUUGACUGUCAUUAACUAUUAAAAGUUCGUUUUUAUUGUCAGUAAGGUAGUUGUUAAUUAUUAUUUUUUGAAUAAACGGUUUUGACCAUGGCAAACAGUGCUACAGCUCUCAAUUGCAGCUGUGCUUUAGAGCAUUUGUCGAAAAACGGUACGGUCCUCAAAACGACCAAAAUAAAAACGGUUUCGGUACACAUAAUGAGAAACGAGUUCAGGGACAUUUUUAUACAAGUCAACUCGAGGGAUUUCAACCAGAAGUUCUUGCUCAACGGGGUCAUAAUACACAAGAAAUUCGCCCACGAGGGAAAGACGACUUUUAAGUUCCCAGAUCAGUGUAUAAAUCUUUUUAUAUCCAACGCCCCUCCCACGUUGCUCUCUUCUUUCCUCAAGACUCUAUUCGUCAAGCUGAGCAGUUCGAAAAGCUCUCCGAAGGUCCCGAUAAGAGACAGGCUACUAUCCGUCAAACAACAGUCGACCGAAGAAAUCAGCCCGAUCAGUACUAAAGAUAUCAACAGGGUGCAGAAUACAGACGUGACUCCAAAGAGGAAACGAAAUCAAGAAGGAUUGACAAAAGAAUCAAAACGAAUAUGCUUACAACCACUCACAUCCCUGACUGAAGAACAAGAAAGAGUUCUUCAAGCAGUACUUCAAGGCAGCAAUGUUUUCUUUACAGGCAGUGCUGGGACUGGAAAAUCAUUUUUACUCCAUCAUAUUUUAAAUUCGUUACAACCGGCAGUUACCAUAGCCACUGCGAGUACUGGGUCUGCUGCAUGCCUCAUCGGUGGAACUACACUUCAUUCAUUUGCUGGGAUUGGAAGUGGUGAAGGGACAUUAGAACGGUGCUUAAAUUUAGCCAGUAGGCCGUUCAUUCAACAAAAUUGGCGCAAGUGCAAGCACCUAAUUAUAGAUGAAAUAUCCAUGAUUGAAGCUGAACUAUUCCAAAAAAUUGAAUGGGUAGCUAGACAAGUGAGAAACAACGACAAGCCGUUUGGCGGUAUUCAGUUGAUUAUUUGUGGUGAUUUUCUUCAAUUACCUCCUGUUAGCAAGGAAAAAAAUAAAUUUUGCUUUAUGAGCGAUGCUUGGGAAACUUGUAGGUUUAAAACGUUCUAUCUUAAGCAAGUCCACAGGCAAAGCGAUCAAGAAUUUAUUUCUUUGUUGAAUGACAUGCGAUUUGGGAUAGUGACUCAAGACACCGUUAAAAAACUUAAAGAAACUGAAACUCAAUCAAUUGAAAAGGAGGGAGUACUCGCGACCCGACUUUGCUGUCAUACUAAAGAAGCAAAUUUAAUAAAUGCUUCAAAAUUAGAAAAACUCCCUGGUGCGUCUAAAAUUUACGAAGCUACAGAUAGUUCAGCACAAGCGACAAAGUUACUCGAUGAGUGCACCCCUGUAGAAAAACGUUUCGUACUUAAAGAAGGAUCGCAAGUCAUGCUCCUUAAAAAUAUUUCAAUUUCACAAGGUUUAGUCAACGGGGCUCGAGGUGUCAUUGAUUCAUUUUCUAACGGUUUGCCUGUUGUAAAAUUUUUAACCGGCGUUAAACAUGUGGUUAAACAGGAAAAAUGGAGCGUUAAAACAGCUAGCGGCGUUGUUCACGUGCGGCAACAGUUGCCUUUAAAAUUAGCCUGGGCGUUCUCAAUACAUAAAUCACAAGGCUUGACGUUAGAUUGUGUAGAAAUUUCUUUAGACAACACUUUCGAAGCUGGCCAGGCUUAUGUAGCACUAUCACGAGCAAAAAGUCUAAAUUCGAUACGAGUAAUUGGAUUUCAGUCUAAUCAAGUAUGGGCCAAUCAGGACGUAAUACAAUUUUAUAAAAGGCUGCUCUCGUACGAGCAAGAGUACAUCAGAUUAGGCACUGUCGAUAAAAAAAAUAAAACUGUCAAAAAAAAAUCCAUACCCCUUGUCACCGUAAGAUGAUAAUAAUAGAUUGAUAGUUCAAUUUUUUUAAAUUUUAUAUACAAUUAUUGUAGGAAUUGUGUUAAUUAAAUGAAAUUUUAAUUCUGA